AUGGCUUCAGAGGACCUGAGCAUCGCCAAACAGACAUUGUCUUCGUCACUAGCUCUUCGCUCACCCUUGAGGAGCAGAAAUAGGAUCGAGAGACCAGCCACUCCACCCGCAUCUUGUGAGGAAUUAGCUCAUUAUCCCGUCUUCAACCCACGCGACCCUCGACACAACCCUGCAGCGUCUGCAUCUUUGUGGCUGCAAAGUGAUUACUGCCGAUCUCAAGCAUCUAGAACACAAAAUUCAGUUAGCUGGAUGCAGGAUUUGCCAAGGAGGUCACUCCGCAAAGCGCGAUCAGGUCUGCUGGCCCUUCGUUCUGGAAUGCAAAGACGACCGCUUCCAGGCGGCCACGCUCGGAGAAGUGAUAUACCUAGUAUUUGGUCCUCGAGAGACUCUACAGAGGGCUCAUCUGAUCAUUUUCCGUCGUCAGUGUCGGACGCGAGCACAGAAGACGAUCACGAGUUCGGCACCGGUCUCUAUCGAACAGCUCGAAACCAAUCAUCCUCAAGCGAAGCUCUGAAAGAUCACAGCCAUAACACUGUUCCUCCCACAUCCCCGUUGCCUUGUACCGUCCGCGAGAGCUUAGAGGGCACCGGGUUGAGGAGCCCCCUAGCCGCACAGGAAAAGAGUGGAGUCAAUGGUACGUCAGAAGCAGGGGUGGAUGGUGCGUCAAAGACAGCAACGACGGUGAGGGCACCUCAAGAGCAUGUCACCGAGCCUGAGCACCACAGUCACAUCCCGGAUGAAUCAAGUACAGUCGUCCAAACCUUGACUCAUGUCAUUUCCAAUUCGCCAUCUGCCAGUCUCGUUCAGCUUAGCGGAAUAGCAGCCACGACGGAACACACAGCAUCAUCAGAAACAUCGAAGGCAGCAUCUCGGAAGAGCCCCAUGAAUUUGCAGCCGAGUGAGGACUGUAUGACAGAUUUAUGCUCGAAGACCCAUGAUCCAAAGCCUGUUAUAUCCCAUUCGUCAGUUAUUAAGCCUGAGAGGCCGACGGCGGCCGAGAGUCCUGAAGAGUUGGUCAAUCCAGAUGUGCGAGAACUCAAUGAAUCGACUCGAGGCCGCGAGAUCGCUCCACCACCCAUCGCUUCUGGUUCAACUGACUCAAUGGCUUGUGUAUAUGUCUCGAGCCGUUCCCCGUCUAGGUCGUCCUCUGUCAGCUCUCGUGAAUCAAUGUUCCGGCAGAUACCAGCCGUCCAAUUGAUGAUGGGAACGCUUGAAUUGUUUGCGUCAUCAAGAGAAUGCAGCAGCGGUGGUCAGACCUUAUGUUGCAGCGAAGUGGCAGAAAACGAUCUCGUGGCAAGGGCAAUUCACCAUGCUCCAGCCGACCAUACCGAGGAUGAAAAUGUACCAGCCGAAACAGAGCCUCGGCAGUCUAGAGCCGGGAACGUAGGAGAGACGCAGGUAGCUCAAGCUGGUGCAUCUUUCACGGAACCAUCAGAAGCGAGAUCCAGCGCGCAGGAAGAGGAAACUGCGAGCUGCCUCCUGCCCGCUUUGGACGACACUGAUUCCCUUGGAAUCCAAAAUAGUUCUGACCCGUGUGUGGCUCCCAGACCACCCUCUCCAAGCCAGACUGAAGAUGGCGCGUCGGAUUCAGAUUUCGUCAGGUCACCGAUUGAGAUCGAUGACGGACUCGCCUCACUGAUUUUCAGAGACGAGUUCUUCUUUGUCGAUGGCAAAUCGAGUGAUAUCGCCCCCGAUCGUGGAGACAAUCCUAUAAAAACAGGAAGCCGAAUUGCGAGAGAUGGUGGAAUUUACAGUGGUCCGGGACUCGACCGUAACAUGUCAGUCAGAACGCAGGAGAUCCCAGAGAUUGUCGGACCAGGUAUGUACGUUUCGCGUCGGGGUAACCUGCCGAGUCUCGAACGAGACGCAAGCGAUUCCACUGAUGAGUGUAUUGUUACUUACCCGAUGUGGGAACGACGUCAGUUCCCAUAA